AUGGGAAGAAAAAAACUAAAAAUCCAAAGAUUGGAAGACCUGAAAGCAAGACAAGCAAAAUAUUCAAAGCGUAAAACAGGAAUUCUGAAGAAAGCUAAAGAACUUAAUAUAUUGUGUGAAGUUAAUGUUGCCCUUCUAUUUUCUUCGCCAUCUGGUAGACCAACUCUUUAUGUUGGUAAAAAUUCCAAUGGGUUAAGUAGUAUUCUUAAGAGACUGUCGAAUUUGUCAUUUGAGGAGCGCGAGGAAAGGAGGGCCUAUACAAUAGAGAUGUUGAAGAAAAUUUAUGAAAAUUCGGAGUCAGAGUUUGAUCCAUUAAGCUUGUCCCAUGACACAAAUGCUGAUACCCUUAAGUUAUACAAAGAUGAGCUGCAAGAGCUAAAGGAUAAACUUGUGGAAAAGAGCAAGAUACUAAGAGACUGGAGAAACCCAAAUAAUGUUGAGGACCUAAACCAAAUAAAGAUGAUGGAGGAUCAUCUCAUUGCAUCUCUUAAUGGACUUAGAAGCAGGAAGAAUCAAUUAGCAAUGGAGCAGCAAAUCAGAGAAAGAGAAUCAGAGGUUCGGCUUUCAAUAAGCACGAAAUUAUUUAUGCAUUUUCAACUAUAAGUAAAAUACCUAAUACAUGGGGUUUUUUUUGUUGUUGUUGUUGUCUAGGGGAAUGAGAACCUAGAAACUUAAACUAUGACUUCUUUCCAAAACUUGUG